UCUAGGAAAAGAAGGGGAAAUUUACAUUUUCAGCGUAUAAAACAAACUCUGUUGAGUUUUCCCUCGCUGGUUCCCAACUACGUGAAGACUCAGUGAAGAAGAAGAAUUCAAGAAAUGGAGAAGAAGAAAGGCAUGAAGAACAUCUUCAAGAAGCUUCACAUAGGAAGCAAUCACGAUGCUAAUCGAUCAUCCAAUGAUCCAACGUCGUCAUCGUCUUCGUCGUCUUGCGCCACCGCCGACCACCGUACAUCUUCAACUCUCACCGGACAAAUCUCCGUCCAAUCUCCAGCUGCUGCCGCAAGUCCUCCUCAAACGUCUCCGACCGUCAAUGUAACAUCGCGUCAACAAGAUUAUUAUUCGUCAGAAGAAGAGUACCAGGUCCAGCUAGCCCUAGCUUUAAGCGUGUCGAAUUCGGAGUCUAGAGGUGAUACCGAUAGUGAUCAGAUCCGUGCUGCGAAGUUGUUGAGUUUAGGGCAACAUUCGAGUAAUAAUCAUGUACCUGAUAGAGGUGAUGCGGCAGCUGAUAAGUUGUCUCGGCAGUACUGGGAUUAUGGUCUCCUUGAUUAUGAGGAGAAAGUAGUGGAUGGUUUCUAUGAUGUAUAUGGGCUUUCAACCGAAACAACAUCCCAAGGGAAAAUGCCCUCUUUGUCAGAUCUUGAAACAGAUCCUCAAACUUCAGGUUUUGAAGUAAUCAUAGUAAACAGAACCAUUGAUCCUGCCCUAGAAGAGCUGUUUCAGGUAGCCCACUGUAUUGCAUUAGACUGCCCUCCUGCUGAGGUGAGUCUUUUAGUGCAAAGGCUUGCUGAACUUGUGACAGAACACAUGGGUGGACCAGUGAGGGAUGCUAAUAUCAUCAUGGCAAGAUGGAUGGAAAGAAGCACAGAAUUGAGGACAUCUUUACAUACCAGUAUAUACCCUAUUGGAUCUUUAAGAGUUGGACUGUUACGCCAUCGUGCUUUGCUUUUCAAGGUACUGGCAGAAAGUGUUGGAAUAACCUGUAGGCUUGUCAGGGGUAGUCACUAUACUGGUGUUGAGGAUGAUGCAGUCAACAUUAUCAAGUUGGAUAAUGAAAGUGAGUUUCUAGUGGAUCUAAUGGCAGCCCCUGGAACACUUAUACCCGCGGAUAUUUUCAGUGGAAAAGAUUCCUCCUUGAAACCAAACAUCCCAAAAUCAAGUCAACUUCCAGGUGUCCAGUCAACUAAAGAUUUCUCACUUCCUUCAAGACCCGUUUCAAACAAUAAUAUCAAUGGUGCCAGUAGUCAAAACAUUGAAGUGCAAAACAACACUAGUCAAUUAGAUCACAUCCCUUCAUCAGCAAUCGGAAAUUCUCUUUACAAAGGAGGCCGUGGGCCCAAUGCAGUUAGUGGUGGCUCAAGGAUGAAUGUUAACAUAGUCCCGUAUAAUACCCAAAAUACCCCUGGCCCUGAGGACAAUAAAAACCUUUUCACAGAGCUCAAUCCUUUCCAAAUCAAAGGAUCCGGUAAGGCUUCAAUGCAACAGGCUGAUAACAAAAACACAAAAAUCAACCAAGUUGUUUCCGGAAGACCUCCGGUCCCACAAAUGUGGAAAAAUCGUCAUGCUGUUAAUGAGGUAGUAGCGGGACCCGGACCAGGAAGGGUAUAUUCUGAUGGGCUGAAGUCACGUGAUAGUUAUGGUGGGACUUUAAAUCAAAAUAGUGAAACGGGUUCUUCGAAUAAUGCUGCUGAGUCGGAAGCUGCAUGGGCUGAGUGGAAAAACUAUAGAUUGUCUUUGGAGGUUGUGGGGAAUAAUAAUAAUAAUAAUAACAACAACAAUGCUUUCUCAAGGAAUAAGGAAAAGUUGAAUGUGGUGAGAGGGGAAGAAGAUGUUAGAAAAGGUUCAGAGUAUCGGGUCAAUGUUGAAAACCGAAAGGUGGUGGGACCCGAAAGCUCCACGUCAUCAUCAUCAUCGUCAUCGGUUGUUGAUCCUGUGAUUGAUGAUGUUGGAGACUGUGAGAUUCCGUGGGAAGAUUUGGUCAUUGGUGAAAGAAUUGGACUAGGCUCAUAUGGUGAGGUUUAUCAUGCUGAUUGGAAUGGCACUGAGGUGGCUGUGAAGAAGUUCCUUGAUCAGGAUUUUUCAGGUGCUGCUUUAGCAGAGUUCAAGAGGGAAGUGCGCAUUAUGCAAAGAUUACGCCAUCCAAAUGUUGUGCUUUUUAUGGGUGCUGUUACUCGUCCUCCAAACCUUUCAAUCAUCACCGAAUUUCUCCCCAGAGGAAGCUUAUACAGGAUAAUUCAUCGCCCACAUUGCCAAAUUGAUGAAAAACGAAGAAUCAAAAUGGCUCUUGAUGUUGCAAAGGGGAUGAAUUGCUUGCAUACAAGCAUCCCAACAAUAGUUCACAGGGACUUGAAAUCACCAAAUUUGUUGGUUGAUGAAGAUUGGAAUGUCAAGGUAUGUGACUUUGGGCUGUCUCGCUUGAAGCAUAACACAUUUUUAUCAUCCAAAUCAACAGCAGGAACGCCUGAGUGGAUGGCACCUGAAGUCCUGCGUAAUGAAAAUUCAAACGAGAAGUGUGAUGUGUAUAGCUUUGGUGUUAUACUGUGGGAGCUUGCAACCCUAAGAUUGCCCUGGAGUGGGAUGAACCCGAUGCAGGUGGUGGGUGCUGUGGGCUUCCAAAACCGCCGCCUCGACAUCCCCAAAGAGUUAGACCCCUUGGUCGGAAGAAUCAUCUGGGACUGCUGGCAAACGGAUCCAAACCUACGGCCUUCGUUUGCACAACUUACGGUGGCUCUAAAGCCAUUGCAGCGGUUGGCAGCCACUACACAAAUCGAUGAUGAUCAACCAAUCGAUAUUUAAAUUAACCCCCCCUCUCUCUUCUCUCAUGUUUAUGUAAAAACAGUGUUCACAAAUUGAGUAUAUAUAAUAGGAAAAAAAGAGAAUCUGUUUUUGGGGUCAUGAUCUAAUAAUUUGUAUACCCUAUCAGUAUGCGAGUGUGCAUAGUUUUGGGUGUGUGUGUGUGUAUGUAAAUACGCUUUUGAUAUUACCAUAACAUCUGUUGCUA